AGAGGGCACGAGCACUGCACCGGUCCUCCGGUGUGAAGGCAACAUGGCGGCGCAGUGGAGGCGCUGCUGGAGGGGGCCGGGGGGAGUUGCAGGGGUGAUAGACGCUGUUUGUGGGGCGAACCGGAGACCGGUGACUGCUGGGGACAGAGGAACCGAGACUGGAACCGGAACCAGGGCUGGGUGUUUAGUUAAAGAGGUGCUGCUUCCUGUCAGACACACACACACCUCACUCAGGCCCAGCUUUUUUCCACGGUACAGGAGUGGUUUUCUUUCCCCCGCCGCCCCGACCUGCUGCUGUCGGGUUCACAGUGAUGCAAAGUUAAAAGAUCCGUUUUCACUCGUACAGGAGGAUCUGAACAAUCUCUACGAGGAUAUUAAAAAGCAGCUACUCGUGUCCAAAGCGGAGCUGAAAGCACUGUGCGAUUAUUACUUUGAUGGGAAGGGAAAAGCUUUUCGACCCAUGAUCAUCAUGUUAAUGGCUCGAGCCUGCAACGUUCACAGUAACAGAGACGGGGAUCUGCUCCCGGCCCAGCGCUCCAUCGCCAUGAUCUCCGAGAUGAUCCACACGGCCAGCUUGGUACACGAUGAUGUCAUCGACGGUGCAGAUACAAGGCGAGGAAAAACCACGAUCAAUGAGGUGUGGGGGGAGAAAAAGGCCAUCUUGGCUGGAGAUUUCAUUCUCUCUGCAGCGUCCAUGGCACUCGCACGCAUCGGCAACACCACCGUCGUGUCCGUGCUCUCUCAAGUCAUCGAGGAUCUGGUAAGAGGCGAAUUCAUGCAGCUGGGCUCCAAAGAGAACGAGAACGAGCGAUUCAAGCACUACCUCGAGAAAACGUUUAAGAAGACGGCGAGUCUGAUCGCGAACAGCUGUAAAGCAGUUUCCAUUCUGGUGAACUCUGACCCCGAGGUGCACGAGAUCGCCUAUCAGUACGGCCGCAACGUGGGCAUCGCCUUCCAGCUGGUGGAUGAUGUGCUGGACUUCACGUCGUGUGCGAAUCAGUUGGGGAAGCCGUCAGCCGCAGACCUCAGGCUGGGUCUGGCAACCGGACCUGUACUGUUCGCCUGCAAACAGUUCCCAGAGCUCCACUCUAUGAUUAUGAGACGUUUUGGUUCAGAUGGAGAUGUCGAUCGGGCCUGGAGAUACGUCCUGGAGAGUGAUGGUGUGGAGCAGACGAGCUUCCUCGCUCAGCGUUACUGCCACGAGGCCACGCGUCAGAUCAGACGUCUGCAGCCGUCCCCCGAGCGAGACGCUCUGAUCCGCCUCACUGAGCUCGUCCUCAACCGGGACAAAUGAGCCCGGGACCUCCAGAGCUUCACUACAGGCAGCUACACACCUCUACCAUCACCUACGCGCGCACACAGCAGGGCGUCUCGUCACAUCACACUCCACCCAGACACGCCCAGCACUGCUCUACUGAAUAAAACCUGUCUGGCUGUCUGGGACUGGAACAGACCCCCUGCACCAUAACGCAAAGUUCACCCAGAAAUGCGAAAGAAAAAAGAUUCGCGUUUUUGGGUGAAGGUUUUCAAAAACAGAAAGCUAAUUUACGUAGUCACUGUACUGUACGUGUCGUGUCCUGCAGAAGCAGGGCAUUAUGGGAUAGGAGGACAUCAGGCGUGUUUACCGUUACCCACCUGACUCAGCGUCGGUCUUACAGACGCCUCCGGAAAGUCCGUCCUUCCCACAAAGGUGUGUAACUGAUCCACUGCUGAUGCUGUUAUUUAUGAAAUUUUGUGUCAUGUGUUCAAUAUUAGACGAGGCCUUAAAUCCACGACUCUGAUAUUAAACAAGAUAUUUUUUACAAA